UUUGCUGCGUGGUUGACGAUGUGUUUUGUUAUAGGAACACGCGGAUUGUGGAUUGCCAUGAACAAAAUGCAAUCGAAUAUGAGGACUCGGCGGCCUUUUUUUGGCUCUUGUAAUCGAAGAUUCCGAUUGUCUCAAAAUCUCUUUAAAAUCACUAUUUAUUUGAGGAUAUUUAUUUAGUUUUUAACUGAGGCUUAAUAUUUGCGGAAGGGUGCACAUUUAAAAUUUUUAACGAAUAUAAUGGUCGAAUUGGCGAAGGUAAGCUUCCACAAACAGGGGUUGUGUUUAUCUCGGAUUCUUUUUUUAAUUAAAUUGCGUUUAGAAUACGGAAAAGGUUUUUUUUGGUUCCAAAGAGGAUGAACUUCGUCGAGCACUAUAUAUUGUAUUGCAAGAACGUGAUCUUUUACGAGCACUUGGACUGAAGUAAUUGGACCGAUGAACCUUAGGUUUUCGACUUGUUGGAUUACUUUUUUAAAAGUAUUUUUUUACUCUUUAGGAAGUAUCCUCGAAAAAGUUAGUUUGAAAAAAUAUAAUAUACUUUUAAAUUCAGACGAGCGGAUGUAGUUUGCGUAUAUUAUUUGUUCCUGAGUGAUUUUUUUUGCGCUUGAUAACAUAAGACGUGAAAAUAGAUUAUGAUUAUCCACUUCUUUUUUAGUCAAAGGAAUACAUUCUUUUUUUGGUCAGUACCUUGUUUGUUUCUUCUCUGCCAUGCCUGGAGGGAAUUGUAAGUGCUGUAUUAACGAUGAAAAAUGUCGUAGAUUUCAAUAUUUAAGCAUUCAAUGAAGUUCAAAAACUAUUUUUAUUUGUACUCCUUAUAAGAAAUGUUCUUGUUAGAAUAUGCUAUCAGAAGCAACUGAAUGACAAGAUGGCCCAACUUUUGGUUCAAAAUUGAGAAUAGGACAUUGCAACGUAUUUCUCAUUUUUCUGUUAUCAAUAACAUUAGUAACGCCGUUAAUUAGUAGUGAUUUGACUGCUCGCUGUUUCUCUCUCAGUAUUUGUAUAGGAAAAGACUCUGUUAAUGGUUUCUUGAUAUGACGCCGCAUUCUCUCAAACGUUUGCAGACAGAAGCAUAUACUAUCCUGUGUUUUGAAGUGAAUAUGUGCCAUGGUAUACAUCCAUUUUUAACUCCAUCAAUUUCUCUCCCGUUAGUAAUUGAUUCACAAACUCUUCUUAGCAAAAACAAUGGUAAAGAUGUAGAAUUUGAUGAGUCAGUAAAAAAGUUCACGAGAGUAUAGCAAGACACUAGCAAGAGGGAUGUCUACAGUAAUGAUGAUACUGGAAGAUAUUCCUAAUCAGGAUAUUGUGGAUAUUAAUAAUCAAAGUAUUUUGAAUGUUACUAAUGAGGAUGCUGACGCGGUGAAUGAAAUUGAGGCAGUGUAUCUGGAUGAGGACGAUUUUGACGAAGUGGAUAGCGUUGAGGUUCCUGUAAAAACUGAACAGUCUAUUAACAGCAACGAAGUGGUGAACCAUAACGACUCAAUAAGACAAAGUAAAAGGAAUCGAAAUUUUUGUAACAAAUUGUAUGUCUAUAUUACCGAAUUUGAAGUGGCUCCCGCUAUUGUAAAAAAAGACGUAUCUCGGGAUGUGCAAGACUUUCAUGAUAUAUACAAUUCUUCAAAAUGAUCGAAAACAGGUGGCAAUGCCGAUGGCAAUGUGAUUGGUGUUCCUAAUCCAUCAGACGAAUCACGACGUACUGCACUUUGUGAAACAGGCCGCUUAAAAAGCUUGCUACAAAAUUUAAAAGCAAGCACUGGUGAACCAAUUGCGAUAUAUGACGAUAACAGAAGAUGUGCCACUAUGGCGUGUAAUCAGAAAAGCAAACGACCUAAACUUAUCAAUAUCCGACGUCAUUUUGUAAAAGACGACA